AGAGGAGCCGGCAUGCACAGCCAACGGGCGUCCAAGCUUAGCGACGCUACCGAGGGACAGACAACAAAACGCGCCGCCUGUGUGGCCUUGUCCGUCCAUUGUUCCUGCUUCUGGCGGCGCCGGCGCUGGUCCGCCUCCCUCCUCAAACCCGCUAGCCGGCGCUAGCAUCCUGGCCUUGCCCUGUGCCAGCACACAUCACGUCCCCUCCAGGCCCGUCCCUGAAGGGCGAUAUCCACAGAUCCUCAUGCGCAGCGCCGGGGGGGACGUGUCACCAGAGACGCCCUUCUUGGCGCAGGGCCACCUUGUUCCACGCCGUCGCCGGCUCUGCCUCCCCGCCUGCCCAUGCCCUCCAACUCGAGACGAGACCCAGAGGCCCGGGAAUGACCUCUUGGGAUCCAGAAACCGACAAGCGCGAGUCGUGCGUCUCGAGAUAAAGACUGCCGAGGGCGCCCUCGUUUGGUUUCAGCCCCCUCCUGCUAUAUCCCACCUAUACUCAACCAUUAUACAAAACGCUCUCUCCAAGCCUGCCUUCUUGACCACAGUCAUUCCUUCACCAACACCGUCCCACCACCGCCACAGUCCUUGUCAUUGCCAGCUUCUGUUUAUAUUCGUCUCACCAGUGCGAGUCACUGCUCACAAACACUUUCAGUCCACUCAAGCAAACAUCAUCUCUUUUCCUCUGUUCUCCGGCAGAUACAGCACAAUCGCUUCCUCAUCCACUCAACAUUGCAAGAUACCCAUCCCCAUUCCAAAGCUCCAGCUCCAGCCUUGUAUCAAACACCACCCAAAAAGAUACCCAGCCAUCCAGGCCCGCCGUCACUUCAAACCAACCUCUAUCAAAAAUGUCCGCUCUCCGCCGGCCCCAUGCUCCUGCCCCAGUCCUCGUCAUCAACGACCACCACUACCCGGCGAUUCACGCCCACAGCCUCGACGAGGACUCGUCGAGCAGCAUGAGCAAGAAGAUCCGACGCCACUCCAGACCACAGACCCCGCCGCCCUCCCGCAGAGCCCUCCAGGCGGCCCGGAGCCCUGGGCUGCCGGUCCCGUCGCCCUUGCGCGAGGGCCCUCUGCCUAGUCCGUUGGUCCCGCUGUUCUCGGCGGCACCGAGCACUGCUUCGAGCAGCAGCAGCAGUAGCAGUAGUACGUCGUCACCUUCGUCGGCACAGUAGCUCCAAGCUCCAGCGCGAUAGCGGCCCGGGGGGCUACCUCAACACAAUACACGACGGACAAAAUACUCAACUCUUGUUUUUGUAUCACUUUUUCCACAAUACAACGGGAUGGCAUGAAGAAUUGUCAUUUCCAAUAGACUCGGGGCUCUCGCACGGCGUUUGACUUACUCUGCUUUCCCCCUCAAAAGACUUCGGCCCACUAAGGGGUAAGUAAAACAUCCCAGGACACAAAGAAGAGGAGGAGGAGGAAGAAGAAGAAGAGAAGGAAGAAAGAGAAAAGGAAAGAAAAGAAGAGGUGGCGUUGUCACAAAAGGAUGGCCCCAACGGCCUAUAAGACAU